GCUACCACCAGGUGGAUGCGCCGCUGCCGCAGCAGCAGCAGCAGCACCAUCAUGGGGAAGGGCGACCCCAACAAGCCGCAGGGCAAGAUGUCCUCAUACGCCUUCUUUGUGCAGACUUGCCGGGAGAAGCACAAGAAGAAACACCCUGACUCCUCGGCCAACUUUACCGAGUUCUCCAAGAAAUGUCCUGAGAGAUGGAAGAUCAUGUCUGCCAAGGAAAAAUCCAAGUUUGAAGAUAUGGCAAAAAGUGACAAAGCUCGCUAUGACAGGGAGAUGAAAAAUUAUGUUCCUCCCAAAGGUGACAAGAAGGGAAAGAAAAAAGAUCCCAAUGUGCCUAAAAGGCCUCCAUCUGCCUUCUUCCGGUUUUGCUCUGAACAUCACCCAAAGAUCAAAAGUGAACACCCUGUCUUAUCCAUUGGAGAUACUGCAAAAAAAGUGGGUGAAAUGUGGUCUGAGCAGUCAGCCAAAGGUAAAUAACCCUAUGAACAGAAAGCAGCUAAGCUAAAGGAGAAAUAUGAAAAGGACAUUGCCACAUACCGUGCCAAGGGCAAGAGUAAGUGGGAAAGAACAGGCUCCAAGAAGAAUGAACCAGUCCAAUGUUCAUAGCACCACUAUUUACAAUAGCCAAGAUAUGGACACAAUCUAAGUGUCCAUCAACAGAUAAAUGGGUAAAGAAGAUGUGGUCUGUGUGUAUACACACACACAAUUAAAUACUCAGCCAUAAAAAAGAAUGAAAUGUUGCCAUUUGCAACAAGUAUGGACUUAGAGGGUAUUAUGCUGAGUGAAAUAACUCAGACAGAGAAAGACAAAUACUUAUGUUAUCACUUAUAUGUGGAAUCUAAAAAAUAAAGUAAAUUAGUGAAUAUAACAAAGGAGAAACAGACUCACAAAUAUAGAGAACAAACUAGUGGUUACCAGUAGGGAGUGGGAAGGAGGGAGGGGCAAGAUGGAGGUAGGGGAUUAAGAGGUACAAACUACUAUGUAUAAAAGGAAUAAGCUAUAAGUGUAUAUCACAGGGGGUAU